AUGGAAUCAGAAGAAGUUUUGAAGGCUGUUUUCCCUUUACUGGAGGGUGUUGAUCUUGCUUCUUGUAUGUUUGUCUGUAAGCAGUGGAAAGACUUAGCCAAAGACGAUUUCUUUUGGAAAUGUCAGUGUGCCAAGAGAUGGCCGUCAGUCUGCAAGCGACCCAACCCUCCUACCGAAACCUACUACAAGUUAUACAAAACCUUCCAUAAACGCCAGCAACGCAAGACUCUUCUCCCUCCGAGAAUUUCCUUUGAUGAUUUAGACUUUUUCAUUGACAUUUGGGCUGAAAAUAACCUUCUCUUCUCAGAAGUGGUCUCUGGCUCUGUCCUGCAAUCAGGUUUUAAAAGUCCACCAUCUGGAGUUUGCGAGCUGCUCAAGUUUCACCUUGAGGGUUCUGAAUACAAGAUGACUUUUCCGGUUGAACCGAGGUUUACUAUCCCUUCCGGACAAAAUCAGAAUGUUAGUGUCUCUGUGAUGGUUGGGCGUAACGAUACAAACAAGGUUGCAUGCAUCAUAAAUAAGUCCAUGUUCGAUUAUAUUGACCGUUCAUCGUAUAGAGCUCUGGCGUUUGAUUACCUAGAAAUAUCCCCUGGCUACCCGUUUUUGUCGGGCAUCCGGGCAUGGAUCUCUUUGCUAUUUAUGGAAGAUGUAAAGGAAGAUCUUAUGGAUGUAUUUGGGAUCCAAAUGGAUUUCUGUGAUGUGGCAAAUUCUAAGGAAGAAGUCUUAUGUCUGUUGGACAUGCUAGAUUGGAAGUGA